AUGCAAUUGAAAACCACACAACGGCUGGAGCUGCCGCCGACCGCGGACAUGCAUGUCCAUCUGCGACAGGCCGAGCUCAUGGAGCUCGUAGCUCCCACUGUCCGAGAGGGUGGUGUUGAUACCGUCUUUGUCAUGCCAAACCUUGUCCCUCCUAUUACAACCGUCGAACGGGCAUUGGAAUACAAGGCCCAGCUGCAAAAGAUUGACCCCAAUGUUCACUACCUCAUGUCUCUGUUUCUUCACCCGUCUGUCACCCCUGAUGUGAUUGCCCAGGCCGCUGCUGCCGGUAUCACUGGUGUCAAGAUGUAUCCCCAAGGUGUUACCACCAACUCUGAGAAUGGAGUUGCCGAUGUCGAAGCUUUCUACCCUACCUUUGCGGCCAUGGAGGAGAAUGACAUGGUUCUGAAUCUCCACGGCGAGGUGUUGGAGUCGCUUGCUCCAGAAGGCACAACUCUGGAGGAAGCAUUUCUACCAACCCUCAAGAAGCUUCACGACCGAUUUCCUCGUCUUAGAAUCAUUCUUGAACACUGCACAACUUCCGCCGCCGUUGAAGCCGUCAAGGCCUGCGGUCCGACAGUUGGUGCGACAAUUACGGCGCAUCACCUGUAUCUGACCGGAGCGGAUGCUUGCUGCGAUCCCUUUGCCUUUUGCAAGCCCAUUCCCAAGAAGCCCACUGACAGAGACGCCCUCCUGAAGGCUCUAGUUAGCGGCAACCCCAAAUUCUUCUUUGGGAGCGAUAGUGCCCCCCACCAGAUGGUUUCCAAGACCUCCGCUGAGCAAGGCAAGGCUCCUGCCGGUGUUUUUACCCAACCAGUAGUGACACAGCUCGUGCUGAUGGCCUUGGAGGAGGGUGUUGAACGCGGCGACAUUAGUGACGCGGAUGUGACACAAGAAAAGCUGGAAGGCUUCCUCAGUCGCCAUGGGCGACGCUUCUAUAAGCUCCCCGAGACGUCCGACAAGAAGAUUGUGCUGGAAAGAAAGGGCGAGAAAAUUGGCGAAAGUGUGAAGAGUGCGGAUGGGAAAUCUGAAGUUGGAAUUUCUCGAGCUGGUACUGAGAUUUUCUCAUUGACUUGGGCAUCCGCUUAA